CUGAGAGAAAGUCGAUAUCGAUUUUCCGACGGGAGUCGUUGGCACCGAUCAACAUAACCAGAAACAAGUCGGUGUGUGUGUGUUCCUCCAACAGUGUCACGGCCGCGCGUGAUGCACAGAUCGGCCGGUAAAUCCGCGAUCGUCGUCGUUUACACGCGUCCCCGAAGGCCAGUGGGCGGCGAUAUAAUCGCCGGCUUUGGUGUAAUUGUGUAAAGACAAGGCCGCGCGGGAGGUCGGCCUAUUCUCCAUUAAUUCCGCUGCUGCAUCGCGCCGCGUGGUCGGAAUGUUUAUGCGGUCCGACGACGAUUUCUCCGCGUCCGUAUGUGUCUGUGCUAAUCAGUCGUCCGGAAAGUAUGGAAAUUCCGUGAGACCGGCUAGAUCGUAACUCGGCGGAUAAAAGUUUUACCGCAUCGAAUCCAAGCCUGAACCCCGGGAGAGAAGGAGAAAACGAAUUUAUGAAUAAAAGCACGCCGCAAAGACAUAUUCUCGGACGGACGACAAGGCGGCUCGCACGGGCGCAUUGUACCGUGCUAUCAGUAAGGAUGAUCACGUAGCCAGGUAAAAGUUACCUGCUCGUCACACGUGUUUUCGCGACGGACGGAUCACGUAACGCACAUGCGUGCAUAAUCGCCUUUUCUCCUCUCCGUCGUGAAACCGCCGUCAUUCGAUGGCCGAGGAGAUGUCGCAAGGCGUGUUUCGUCGAUGAUGCAAAAAUGCGCUUUUCUGCGAGGGGAGAAGGACGAAUUACUCGCGCUGAAAUCGGCAGAAUAACUGAAAGAGAAGAUAGAAACUCCUCUUGAAUGAAGUCGAGAUUCACGGCGGAUAAACUGUGUUGCGAUGUGAAAACGAAGUAGUGAUAAAUUCAACGAGUCUGGCUGAUUCGCGCCGCCGUAAGAAACAGUUUGUGCGCAUGGUUGUCCCGUUUUACGGAGGAGCGAUUUCAUUUCGCACGGUCGUUGCCUCGAAUGUGUAUCAACGAUCGGCCGGAUCGUCGCUCGGCACGCUCGAUGCGCGCGAUAAUGAAAACCUUUCGUGUUACGCUUUAAUAGCAUCCCAUCGAUCCAUUAAUCGUUACGUUUAAAAAGAGGAAGUAUUCACGCCGGCUUCCUUCGCUGUCAUUCGACGGACUUCUCGAGAAGGAGAUCCUUCAUUCCCGACCGGAAUCUCCACGCGGAGAAACACAGUUCCUCCCCGCAUCUUCUCCGAGGACUUCUGUUAUCGUUCGACUUGGAUACAUCGUGUGAAAGGCGCCUUAAGGAGAUGGUGUGAGGGCCUCUUAAGAAACGAACGCGCGAGGUGAAAGCGCCAAUUGCGCGCUCUCAUUGUCAGUCACGGCCGAGCCGUGAGCUGUAUCGGUGUGUCUCUUGUGAUCUCGCGCUAUAGCCAGAUUGCUAGUCUCGAGAAGAAGAAGAAGAGGAAGAGAUAAAAGAGAAGAAGGUGCGUUCUCUUCUUCCGUUCCUCCAUCGCGCGAUCGCUCGCCUGGUGUUGCUGCGCGAGCCGAGGAAAUGUAGAAAUGAGAGAGACGCUGAAGAAGUUCUCCCGACGACCCAACACUCAAGUGGCCGUUAGUCUGGGAGGCGGGUCGAUACUUGUCAUCGGCGAGCCCGACCGAAUCGCCGAGCAAUGGCAGCAAUCGGCGAACGAGGAAGAUCCGCCGUGCAGGACCCAGGGCCUGGUGCAGCUGCGCGUCGUAAAUCUCGACGAGGACGUGGACACCCAAGAGACGUCCUGCUACGUGCACGAAGGUCCGCUACUUUCGCUCGCGAAGACUCGUUGAGAAAUAUAAACUGGAGGAAAUAACUGUUACCGCUCUCAUUGUGUAAAAUUCUUUAGCUCCACUGUCUCACCCAAGGAAGGACCCGAGUCGUUUUGCGAUACGUUUUCUUCUCUUUAACGAUUAUAGGGAAUAUUUUCUAAAUGUCCCCGAAUAUUACAGGCAGAAGUAACAAGAAAGAUACCGACUGACCCCGCAAUAUAGUUGGAAAUACAUAUAGUUGGUGGCCUUUUUUUCCUUUUAAACAAAUAUUGGUAUCCUGGUUCCUAAAGUCAGAAGGAAGAACGAAAUAUGAUACCUUGAAUUCCUUGAUCUAAGUCGGCCUUUCCGUUGAUUAGACAGCGCUUCCGAUGAUAGCACGUACGAGAGCCUGUACUCCUGCCAGCAGGAUGAUCUUAGCACCGACUCGGAAGGGACGAGCGAG